AUGGGCCUAGGCCCAAAUACCCUUAAUAUAAAUGUAUUCCCCAACCCAGUUAGGGUUAGGGUUUCCUACUCUAACUUGGUACCAGAGCUAGGUUUAGAUUUUUUUUCUGCCUUCCCUGGCCGCCAGCCACCGCCGGCACCCUCCCCUCUCUCCUACCCCGUCGGCAGCCCCCCCCCCACCUCCUCGGCGGCCACGCUCGCACCGCCACUCCCCGGCGGCCCCGCCCGCUCCCUCAUCCUCUUCCUCCUCGACCACCUGCGCCGCCUCUCCUCCUGGCUGCUUCGCCUCGCGUACACGGACGCCGGCCACCCUCGCCACCCCUGCGACGCCGCCCAGCGCCUGGAGGAGCACUCCCCCGCGGUGCGCUUCGACUCGCUGUCAUGCGGAAGCGGAGGAGGGUUGACGGCGCCGCGCCCGCUGCCCGAGGGCUGCUGUGUCUGCCUGGGCGACUUCCACACCGCCGCCGAGGUGCGCUGUGCCCGGGGCUGCCGCCACAUCUUCCACCGCGCCUGCCUCGACCGCUAGGCCACGCACGGCCACCGCACCUGCCCGCUCUACCGGACGCCGCUCCUCCUCCUCCCGCCGCUGCCCGGCUGCCCCUGCCCCUGUCCCUCCUCUGCCAGCGUUGGACGCUGCUCCUCAGUUGAAUUGACGAAACUAAAGAACAGGCUUGUACUCGGCCAAUAACAAACUUGCCAAAUAUCAAUUCUCAACCAAGUCUAAAAACCAACCAAAAAACAAUAUUUUAGUGAUAAAUCAGAUAGUAUUAGAAAAUAUUAAUAUUAAUUACGCCAUAAUGGUGUUAGAAAAUACACGAAUGUUGAUAGAUCAUUCCAAAUUCAACCAGGACAGGGAAUCUUCUGUUCAUAGAACUUGAUUUAUGCAUCCUCAAGUAAAAAGGCAAUAGUGGUGACAAAGAGCUAAUUUGAACAUAAGAAGUACAAAAACCACAGGUGUUAGCGUAAAAGAAAAAAAAUACUAAAACUCAUUUUGUACUCCCUCCGAAUUUUUUAUUUGAUGUUUCUUAGUAUGAAAUUGUACUAUCCAGUGUCAAAUAAAAAAAUGGAGGUAGUAUCAAUUA